CCUCAACCGUCCCUUUCUUAUCUUCUUGAAUUUCCCAUCCUACCUUCAUUAUAAUCCAAACUCCAUACCGAGAAAAAUAUCUGCUAUAGCCUAGAAUGUUCAACUUCGCGAAAAGAACUCUAUCAUCCAUCACGAGCCAGGAUGGUGAUGGUGACUUUCCAGAUGCCGAUUCCGCAGAACAAGAACAAGAACAAGAAGACUCUCCCGAGACCCUGGAAGAAAAGCGGCGUCAGGAACUUCACCGGCGGAUAUUCGAUCUUUGGAAAAAAGUCUGGCUGGGCCUCUACCAGGUGCACGAUAAUAACGGACCAUGGCACUGCGAUCGUCUUCUUACUCUCUACGCUGGAGCUGGAAUGUCCACCUCCAUGGCAACAGAAAGUUCAAAGAACUACAGAAGGAGAGAUCAUGCCGCGUUAGGACUUCUAGGUGCCGCGCUGGGGCAACAACUUUGCGUUAACAAUGACUUCGGGGGCGGGAUUAGGAAGCUGAGGCUCUAUGACGGACUAUCGCUGAGCACUCUGGAAUCCGUCAUUGAAAUUCUCGAAGGGUAUGAGCGCGAGAUCGAACCGCUAGGCGAGGUGUAUGCCGUCCUGCGCAGGCUCCAAAUUGGUCUCCGGGAGCCAUCAAAAGCCGAUGAAGAUGCUGUCUUGAGAGAUUAUCCGCCUGUCGCAGACCCUAUUGCUAGGCGGCUCUUUCAGUAUGAUGUCAGACUUGGUGUGCUUGGUAUGCAAAUGUACGAUGAGGUGACAGUCCUCCAUGAUGACCCGAAGUUACAGAGGGGUUGGCUCGUAUGGGGUGAGGUGUUUCCGUGGAAGACGAAGAUGGGUCCAACAGUGUAGACGUCCUAGAGGGCGGUAGGUAGGAUUAUGUAUGUACUAGUCAAUUACAAGUACAAGCGGUGCCAUCUAUACGCGUCAAUGGCUUCAAUGAUCUUUUCUUAUUCUAGCCACCGUACUCUAGAUGUAUCAACACUUGCCAGACCCGGGGAGACUAAGCCGGAGAGUUCCCCUUUUUGGCCGGGUGUCUAAUGGGUUAUGGUAAUAAUACUUGAUAGGAACUCUGAUCAUUGUCUCACAACGUUCAGCCCAAGAACCUUCUCGUUUCCAAGAAGAAGCUGUCAUUGAACAUACGGCUGGGGCAUAGUCAAGGGGGCAUAUCCGUUCUACAGAUAUGGAGAGUAUCUGAGGACAAGGUUUUCGGUGAACUUCUAAAUGUUUACUGGAACGUGUGGGAAUAUAAGACAACGGAAGCAAAGUUAUUGGAGUGGUAUUUUAUCCGGGUGGAGUUACAUUGCUCGAAGAACUAGAGGGUACCAAAGUCUAUCGACUACCU